AUGACCCUGCCUCUCAUUGGCUGCUGGAAUGUGAGGGGAUUCAACAGUCCUGACAAGGUCUUCUCAUGUAAGAAUCUUGUUGCCUCCCACCACCUUGACAUGAUAUGCAUUCUCGAAGCUAAAACCCCUUCUAUGGCACUCUCCGACCCUUGGUUUCAAAAAUCUCAUCAGAUCUUCAAUGAUGAACUUAACUGUAACAAUGCCUCUCCCAUCUCUAUUGGGAGAAUUUGGAUCAAAUGGAAUCCUAAUGCCACGUCUUUUAGCCCCCUCUCCAUCUCUCAACAUUUAUUCCAUGGUACUGUGUCUCUUAAAGACUCCACCCAGUUCUUUAUGACUGUUGUCUAUGCGGGCAACACGCCUUCUGAUAGAGUACCUAUGUGGAACCAGUUACAGAAUAUAGCCAGCAACCUCACCUCUCCAUGGAUCAUUAUGGGGGAUUUUAACUGUUACAUAAGCACUCAGGAUAAAAUGGGUGGCCUUACCCCGACCCCUAGUCAAUUGAAUGAAAUGAAUUCAUGGGUGUUUGAGACCGUUGAAGCUCCAGGCUGUUCUGACCACUCUCCCCUGAUUCUGCUUAAUGGAAAUGCUAAACAAGCUGGUGGUAGAUUUCGUUUUAAGAACUUUUGGAUUAACAUGUAUGGCUUCUGGGAUUGUGUUGUCUCUGCUUUUGCAAAUCAUAAGAAUGCUAGCCAUAUUGCUAAUCUUUACCACAAAUUAAGGAUCCUUAAACAUAUCCUUAAGAAACAAACUUGGGCUUCUUCUUCCUUCAUCAAAGACAAUAUGGUUAGGCUGGAAAAAGAUCAAAAGAACUGUUUACAGUUGAUUGAUAGCAAUCCUUUGGAUCCUUGCCUGAAUGCACACUUGAAACGUAUCAACUCCUUACUCUCCUAUUACAAUUCAGCUUGGUGCUCUUGGACUAUUCAAUGUGCUAAGGCUAAGUGGCUUUCUCAAGGUGAAGAUGACUUAGGUUUCUUGUAUGCAAAAAUUAAAAAUAGAGGGAACAUCAACCGUAUUAAGGAAAUCACUACCUCUGAAGGGCAUUUCUCUACUCUAGAUGAUGUUGGUUCUGCCAUUAUCUCUCACUUUAAAACUAUUUUCAACUCUCCAAACCCAUUAAAUGCCUCUUUGGACAGCAUUCCCAUUGGAAAUACCAUGCCCCCUCAAUUUUUCGAGUCCCUCACCAGGCCCAUUACUGAUCCUGAAAUGAAACAAGUCAUCUUUGACGGGGCUCUCAAUUCAUCACCUGGUCCUGAUGGCUACACCUUUGAGUUCUACAAAAGCACUUGGGAUAUCACUGGUUCUUAUGUAUGUCAAGCUAUUAGGAAUUACUUCAGGACGGGUUUAAAGCUACAGCCAUUGUUUUGA